CAUUCUUCAUUUCCUCUGCCUCUUUCUCAGAUCACAAAACCCUAAUUUCGAAGAAUGGCUUUCUGCAACAAACUCGGUGGUCUGUUGAGACAGAACAUUUCUACUAACGGAAAUGUUCCGGUUACUUCUAUGCUCGGAUCUCUCCGGUUGAUGUCUACCAAGCUUUUCGUCGGAGGUCUCUCAUGGGGAACUGAUGACCAGUCCUUGAGGGAUGCUUUUGCUCACUUCGGUGAAGUUGUUGAUGCUAAAGUUAUCGUCGAUAGAGAGACGGGAAGAUCGAGGGGAUUUGGAUUUGUCAACUUCAAUGAUGAGAGUGCUGCAUCUGCUGCUAUUUCAGAGAUGGACGGAAAGGAUCUGAAUGGUCGUAACAUUCGAGUGAAUCCUGCUAAUGAAAGACCAAGUGCUCCUCGGGCUUACGGAGGAGGUGGUGGUUACAGUGGUGGUGGUGGUGGCUACGGAGGAGGCGGUGGCUACGGAGGAGGCGGUGGUGGCUACGGAGGUGGUGGCGAUGGUGGUGGUUACUAAACAGAGGAGUUGCUUGUGAAGAAGAGUUAAUGGUUCUGUUUAGUUGGUUUCUUCAAUUGAAUCUUAUGUUAGUAUAAAACCUGAAUGGGAUU